AUGUGUCCCAUAUUGUUCUCCUCUCUCUCUUCCUCUUGUAUUCUAUUCGUUUAUCCUCCUUCGAUGUGUCCCAUAUUGGUCUCCUCUGCGUCUUCCUCGCGUAUUCUAUUCGUUUAUCCUCCUUUGAUCUGUCCCAUAUUGUUCUCCUCUCUUCGUCUUACUCGCGUAUUUUUAUUCGUUUAUCCUCAUUUCGAUCUGUCCCAUAUUGGUCUCCUCUGCGUCUUCCUCGCGGAUUUUAUUCGUUUAUCCUCCUUCGGUGUGUCCCUCGCGUAUUGUUCACCUCUCCGUCUUCCUCCAGAUAAUUUAAUCCUUUAUCCUCCUUCGAUCUGUCCCAUAUUUUAUUCCUUUCCUCCUCUAAGUCUUCCUCGCGUAAUUUAUUCGUUUAUCCUCCUUCGAUCUGUCCCCAUAUUGAUCACCUCUCCGUCUUCCACGCGUAUUUUAUUCCUUUAUCCACCUUCGAUCUGUCCCCAUAUUGUUCCUCUCCUCUUCCUCGCAUGUCUUGCUCGCGUAUUUUAUUCGUUUAUCCUCAUUCGAUCUGUCCCAUAUUGGUCUCCUCUGCGUCUUCCUCGCGGAUUUUAUUCGUUUAUCCUCCUGCUAUCUGCCCCAUAUUGUUCUCCUCUCUCGCUUCCUCGCGUAAUUUAUUCGUUUAUCCUCCUUCGAUGUGUCCCAUAUUGUUCUCCUCUCUCUCUUCCUCUUGUAUUCUAUUCGUUUAUCCUCCUUCGAUGUGUCCCAUAUUGGUCUCCUCUGCGUCUUCCUCGCUCUUCCUCGCGUAAUUUAUUCGUUUAUCCUCCUUCGAUCUGUCCCAUAUUGAUCACCUCUCCGUCUUCCACGCGUAUUUUAUUCCUUUAUCCACCUUCGAUCUGUCCCAUAUUGUUCUCCUCUGCGUCUUACUCGCGUAUUUUAUUCGUUUAUCCUCAUUCGAUCUGUCCCAUAUUGGUCUCCUCUGCGUCUUCCUCGCGGAUUUUAUUCGUUUAUCCUCCUGCGAUCUGUCCCAUAUUGGUCUCAUCUGCGUCUUACUCGCGUAUUUUAUUCGUUUAUCCUCAUUCGAUCUGUCCCAUAUUGGUCUCCUCUCCGUCUUCCUCGCGUAUUUUAUUCUUUUAUCCUCCUUCGAUCUGUCCCAUAUUGUUCUCCUCUCUCUCUUCCUCGUGUAUUCUAUUCUUUUAUCCUCAUUCGAUCUGUCCCAUAUUGUUCUCCUCUCUCUCUUCCUCUUGUAUUCUAUUCGUUUAUCCUCCUUCGAUGUGUCCCAUAUUGGUCUCCUCUGCGUCUUCCUCGCGUAUUCUAUUCGUUUAUCCUCCUUUGAUCUGUCCCAUAUUGUUCUCCUCUGCGUCUUACUUGCGUAUUUUAUUCGUUUAUCCUCAUUCGAUCUGUCCCAUAUUGGUCUCCUCUGCGUCUUCCUCGCGGAUUUUAUUCGUUUAUCCUCCUUCGGUGUGUCCCAUAUUGUUCACCUCUCCGUCUUCCUCAGAUAAUUUAAUCCUUUAUCCUCCUUCGAUCUGUCCCAUAUUGUUCUCCUCUAAGUCUUCCUCGCGUAAUUUAUUCGUUUAUCCUCCUUCGAUCUGUCCCAUAUUGGUUUCCUCUCCGUCUUCAUCGCGUAUUUUAUUCGUUUAUCCUCCUUCGAUCUGUCCCAUAUUGUUCUCCUCUCUCUCUUCCUCGUGUAUUCUAUUCUUUUAUCCUCAUUCGAUCUGUCCCAUAUUGUUCUCCUCUUUCUCUUCCUCUUGUAUUCUAUUCGUUUAUCCUCCUUCGAUGUGUCCCAUAUUGGUCUCCUCUGCGUCUUCCACGUGUAUUUUAUUCCUUUAUCCACCUUCGAUCUGUCCCAUAUUGGUCUCCGCUCCGUCUUCCUCGCGUAUUUUAUUCCUUUAUCCACCUUCGAUCUGUCCCAUAUUGUUCUCCUCUACGUCUUCCUCGCGUAUUUUAUUCGUUUAUCCACCUUCGAUCUGUCCCAUAUUGGUCUCCUCUGCGUCUUCCUCGCGUAUUCUAUUCGUUUAUCCUCCUUUGAUCUGUCCCAUAUUGUUCUCCUCUGCGUCUUACUCGCGUAUUUUAUUCGUUUAUCCUCAUUCGAUCUGUCCCAUAUUGGUCUCCUCUGCGUCUUCCUCGCGGAUUUUAUUCGUUUAUCCUCCUGCGAUCUGUCCCAUAUUGGUCUCAUCUGCGUCUUCCUCACGUAUUUUAUUCGUUUAUCCACCUUCGAUCUGUCGAAUAUUGGUCUCCACUCCGUCUUCCUCGCGUAUUUUAUUCCUUUAUCCUCCUUCGAUGUGUCCCAUAUUGGUCUCCUCUCCGUCUUUCCCGGGUAAUUCAUUCGUUUAUCCUCCUUCGAUCUGUCCCAUAUUGUUCUCCUCUGCGUCUUCCUCGCGUAUUUUAUUCGUUUAUCCUCAUUCGAUGUGUCCUAUAUUGGUCUCCUAUCCGUCUUUCCCGCGUAAUUCAUUCGUUUAUCCUCAUUCGAUCUGUCCCAUAUUGUUCUCCUCUGCGUCUUCCUCGCGUAUUGUAUUCGUUUAUCCUCAUUCGAUCUGUCCCAUAUCGUUCUCCUCUGUCUUCCUCGCGUAUUGUGUUCGUUUAUUCUCCUUCGAUCUGUCCCAUAUUGUUCUCCUCUGCGUCUUCCUCACGUAUUUUAUUCGUUUAUCGUCCUUCGAUCUGUCCCAUAUUGGUCUCCUCUCCGUCUUCCUCGCGUAUUUUAUUCUUUUAUCCUCCUUCGAUCUGUCCCAUAUUGUUCUCCUCUCUCGCUUCCUCGUGUAUUCUAUUCUUUUAUCCUCAUUCGAUCUGUCCCAUAUUUUUCUCCUCUCUCUCUUCCUCUUGUAUUCUAUUCGUUUAUCCUCCUUCGAUGUGUCCCAUAUUGGUCUCCUCUGCGUCUUCCUCGCGUAUUCUAUUCGUUUAUCCUCCUUUGAUCUGUCCCAUAUUGUUCUCCUCUGCGUCUUACUCGCGUAUUGUAUUCGUUUAUCCUCAUUCGAUCUGUCCCAUAUUGGUCUCCUCUGCGUCUUCCUCGCGUAUUUUAUUCGUUUAUCCUCCUUCGAUCUGUCCCAUAUUGUUCUCCUCUGCGUCUUCCUCACGUAUUUUAUUCGUUUAUCGUCCUUCGAUCUGUCCCAUAUUGAUCACCUCUCCGUCUUCCUCGCGUAUUUUAUUCUUUUAUCCUCCUUCGAUCUGUCCCAUAUUGUCCUCCUCUCUCUCUUCCUCGUGUAUUCUAUUCUUUUAUCCUCCUUCGAUCUGUCCCAUAUUGUUCUCCUCUCUCUCUUCCUCGUGUAUUCUAUUCGUUUAUCCUCCUUCGAUCUGUCCCAUAUUGGUCUCCUCUCCGUCUUCCUCGCGUAUUUUAUUCUUUUAUCCUCUUUCGAUUUGUCCCAUAUUGUUCUCCUCUCUCUCUUCCUCGUGUAUUCUAUUCGUUUAUCCUCCUUCGAUCUGUCCCAUAUUGGUCUCCUCUCCGUCUUCCUCGGGUAUUUUAUUCGUUUAUCCUCUUUCGAUCUGUCCCAUAUUGUUCUCCUCUCCGUCUUCCUCGCGUAUUUUAUUCGUUUAUCCUCCUUCGAUCUGUCCCAUAUUGAUCACCUCUCCGUCUUCCACGUGUAUUCUAUUCGUUUAUCCUCCUGCGAUCUGUCCCAUAUUGUUCUCCUCUGCGUCUUCCUCGCGUAUUUUAUUCGUUUAUCCUCCUUCGAUGAAACUCAUAUUCUUCCUGUCUUCUUUCUAGUGUAUUUUAUUCGUUUGUCGUCUGUCGUUCUGUCUGAUUUUGUUCUUCUCUUCCGCUUCCUCUGUCUUUUAUUCCUUUAUCCUCCUUCGAUCUGUCUCAUAUUGUUCCUGUUGUCUUCUUCCUCGUGUAUUUUAUUCUCUAUCAUAUUGUUCUCAUCGUCUUCCUCACGUCUUAUAUUCGUUUUACUUCUUUCCUCGCAUUUUUGA